AUGCGAGCUCAAUUGGUUGGGCUGGAGUCCGAUAUUGAGCGCAAGUUGGAAUCGGUGGAGCACGAUGUGAACGAGCAGCGACGAGCUUUGGAGGCAGAAAUUGUUGGGCUGCGAGACUCAUUGCAAAGGGAAAAACACACAUGUGAGCGGCUGACAACUCAACUGAACGAUCAACUCAAGGCAAAUAGCGCUUAUCGGAAAGCGUAA